GCAGUACUGCAGCUGGUUUUGGUAGAAGAAUCUGGCCUUCUCUUUAUCUGUUCGCCACUAGUUUAUUGUCAAGAAAAGUUAGAAAAUGAACGUUCCAGCGGGUCAUCGCGGUAACCUUUUUCAAACUUCAUAUCUUCUCUUCAUAAGAAGGUAAACUCAUUCUAACAAACCGAACAGAAGCUUUUAUAUCUUUCUUUUUUUAAACCAAAGCUUUCUUUAAUGGGACUUGUUCCAUGUCCCUUGCCAUGUCACACAAGCACAGAAGAAUCUCAUGAAGAUCACUCCAAUAUUUCCAAUCACCUCCUCCAAUCAGAAGCAUCAACCUCUUCCUCCUCCUCUCUCUCUUCCCAACCAAGUUUACCAUCUGUCCCUUCUCUCACUACCUCAAUCUCCAACCAACUUCAACUUGUUCUAGAAGCCCCAACCACCCACCACCUCUGCAUAGCCACCCUCAAAACCCAAACCUCCUCCUCCUACGUAUGCUCCCUAGCCCUCUCCGGAAACUUCCUAUACAGCGGCUUAUCCAACGGUCAGAUCAUAGCAUGGAGCCGAUUACACCCUUCAUCACCCAACAAGGUGGUAGCCACCACCAACAGCACCGUUAAGUCUCUAGCGGUCGUUGGGGAGCUACUAUUCAGCGCUCACCAAGACCACAAAAUCCGAGUCUGGAAAAUCAACAUCAAUCUCAUCAAAAACCCACACGAUCAUCAAAAACACUUCAAAUGCAUCGCCACCCUCCCCACCCUAAAAGACCGGGUCCCACGAUUCUUCUCUCCCAAGGACUAUGUCCAAAUCCGGCGACACAAGAAGUGCACCUGGGUGCACCACGUCGACACAGUCUCCGCCCUAGCCAUAUCCAACGACGGUUCGUUUCUCUACUCCGCCUCGUGGGACCGCACAUUCAAAAUCUGGCGGACGUCGGAUUUCAGAUGCUUGGAGUCGGUGAGCAACGCCCACGACGACGCCAUCAACGCUAUAGCGUCGUCGCUUGACGGGGAGUUCGUCUACACCGGCUCUGCAGACAAGAAAAUAAAGGUGUGGAAGAAAGUUAAUAAGUCGGUCGUGCUUGAUGCUACUCUGGAGAGGCACAAGUCGGCUGUGAAUGCUUUGGCUUUUAGCUCCGAUGGCUCUGUGCUCUACUCCGGUGCGUGCGAUCGGUCAAUUUUAGUGUGGGAAAGAGAUCGUGAUCAUGAUCGUGGCGUUGAAGGCGGCGGCAUGGUGGUGGUGGGUGCGCUGAGGGGACACAGCAAGGCCAUAUUGUGCUUGGCUGUGGUGGCGGAUUUGGUGUUUAGUGGGUCGGCGGAUUGUAGUGUUAGGGUUUGGAGGAGAUCAGGGCGGCUAGUUGAUGAUGAUCAUAAUAGGAGCAUCGGCUAUUCUUGUUUGGCUGUGUUGGAAGGUCACAGGAAGCCCGUUAAGUGUUUGACUGCAGCUUGUAACAAUAGAAGUGAGGAUUCUGAUGAUUCUGGUGAUUCUUUUCUUGUUUACAGUGGGAGUUUGGAUUGUGAUAUUAAGGUCUGGCAAAUACAUGUGCCCUUUUUUUAACGUUACUUUUUCUUUUUGUUUUUUCAUUUGGAUGCUAAGAAUGUUUUUUUGUUUAUCGAGCUUGGGGUUCGUCGGUUGAUAAAAACAAAUGUGGUACAAAAAUGUAAAUUUCUAACAUUGUUGUGAGAUUUGAGGUGUUGAUUUUGACAUUUUAAAGCGUAGGCUUUAGAUUAGGGUAUUUUGGACCUUACAUGAUCAUUUUUAAUUGAUCAUUUUGGGGUUUGUUGUUGGAAUUUUUUCAUUUUGGAGUUGAUUAUAAUUAACCUCAAUGACGAAAGAAAAAGGAAAUAUCCCUUUGCACUGA